AUGUCGUCGUCGCCGGAGACGGAGGCCGGCAGCAGCAGCAGCAGCAAGAAGUUCAAGGGCGUGCGGAAGCGCAAGUGGGGCAAGUGGGUGUCGGAGAUCCGGCUGCCCAACAGCCGCGAGCGCAUCUGGCUGGGCUCCUACGACGCCCCUGACAAGGCCGCGCGCGCCUUCGACGCCGCCUUCGUCUGCCUCCGCGGCCGGGGCGCGGCCGGGGCGGACCUCAACUUCCCGGACUCGCCGCCGCCGUGCCGCGCGGGAGGGUGCAGCAGCGACCCGCGGAGGUGCAGGCGGCCGCGCUCUCCCACGCCAACCGCGCCGCCGUCACGGCCCAGCAGGCGGCCGCGGCGCUCAUCAUGGAUGACGCCGACGCCGCUGACGGCGGCUGCUCGGCGACGCCGUGGGACUACUACUACCCGUGGCGCACGACGUGGGCGGCGGCGUCCUUGGUGGCGCAGCUACCAGCGCGGCGGAGGUGGUGGCGCCCGUGCGCGCCGACGGGAGCAUCGACUGGCGGCCCGUCAUGGCGCACCCGCCGCCCCUCUUCUCCCCUACCGGCUGGGGCAGCAAUGCGUACGACUUCUGCAAGUGCCACCGCCGGCGGAGGCGGUGGCCGACGAGGACAUGGAUGACGGUAUCCAUGGCGCAACCGCUUCUCUCUGGAGCUUCGACUCGAGAGACUCCUACUUCAGAUACUAG